GCGGCCGGGGACGCACCCGCCGCCCCCCGACGCCGCCCGGAGACGUCAGGCGUUGGGUGCGGAGCGGAGCGGAGCGGGGCUCGGCGGACCGACGGCGGGAGGGAGCGCACCCGGCGGCCCCGCAGCCAUGGACGGCUCGGACAACGCCACCCAGUUCUUCGUGCCCACCUCCCCGCCGCCCGGCAACUACACGCUGUCGCCCAACGCCAGCAGCCUGAGCCCGGGCUCCGACUUCCCGCUGGCGCCCGCGGGCAGCGCGCCGCCCAGCCCGGGGUCCCUGGUGCCCUUCAGCGCCGGCCCCACGCCCAGCCCCGCGCCCGCGGUCGGUGCCAGCAGCAGCCUGGCGGCCGCCAGCCUGGCCCCUUCCUCGUUCCCCCGCUCCUGGGAGACCCACGAAGCCCCGUUCUGGGACACGCCGCUGAACCACGGGCUGAACGUCCUGGUGGGUGCCGCCCUGUGCAUCACCAUGCUGGGCCUCGGCUGCACGGUGGACGUGAACCACUUCGGGGCGCACGUCCGCCGGCCGGUGGGCGCGCUGCUGGCCGCGCUCUGCCAGUUCGGCUUCCUGCCGCUGCUGGCCUUUCUGCUGGCCCUCAUCUUCUCGCUGGACGAGGUGGCCGCCGUGGCCGUGCUGCUGUGCGGCUGCUGUCCCGGCGGGAACCUCUCCAACCUGAUGUCCCUGCUGGUGGACGGCGACAUGAACCUCAGCAUCAUCAUGACCAUUUCCUCCACGCUGCUGGCCCUGGUCUUGAUGCCCGUGUGCCUGUGGAUCUACAGUCGUGCGUGGAUAAACACCCCGCUGGUGCAGCUUCUCCCGCUCGGGGCUGUCACCCUCACUCUCUGCAGCACCCUCAUCCCCAUCGGCUUGGGCGUCUUCAUUCGCUACAAAUACAACCGCGUGGCCGACUACAUAGUGAAGGUUUCCCUGUGGUCUCUGCUAGUGACGCUGGUGGUCCUGUUCAUAUUGACCGGCACCAUGUUAGGGCCUGAACUCCUGGCCACCAUUCCUGCGACUGUUUACGUGGUGGCCAUUUUCAUGCCCCUGGCAGGCUAUGCCUCGGGCUACGGCUUGGCUACCCUCUUCCAUCUGCCCCCCAACUGCAAGAGGACUGUGUGCUUGGAGACGGGGAGUCAGAACGUGCAGCUCUGCACCGCCAUCCUCAAGCUGGCCUUCCCCCCGCGCUUUAUAGGGAGUAUGUACAUGUUUCCCCUGCUCUAUGCCCUCUUCCAGUCGGCUGAAGCAGGGGUGUUCGUCUUAAUAUAUAAAAUGUACGGAACUGAAAUACUGCACAAGCGUGAGUCCCUUGAUGAAGAUGAAGACACAGAUAUUUCGUACAAGAAACUCAAAGAAGAGGAAAUGGCAGACACUUCCUACGGCACAGUGAAUGCAGAGAAUUUAGUGAUGGUGGAAACCGCUCAGACUUCUCUCUGAACAUCAGGAGAGAAUCAGGGGAGCUCCCAUCUUGCUGAGCUAUCACUCCGUAUUUAUGGUCUGUACCUGUGGUAGUGUACCUGGUUUACCUACAGGAUAGCAGGGGGCUCAAGAUCCGCAUGGAACACUCCCAAUCUUUUCAUUGUCAGCCUGCGGUGAUGUAUUCCCCAAGUGUUUUUACAAAUUACACAUCAGUGCCAUAAUAUCACUUGCACCUGGGACUGUUUGUGUGUGGCCUGAACAAGUUAAAUGUGGUUUUGUUUCCCCCCCCAUUUGCCAAUUUCUAUGAUUUUUUUCAAAUAUGUAAACUCUUAGAAAACAGGGUCUUGGAAAUGUAGAAUUUUGGUGCACUAUCACCUAAGAGUAAAAAUAAGCUAUAUUUAUAAAGCCUAA